AUGUUCUUCUCCUCCGAAAAUGACGUUGUUCAUCACUCCUCUCCAUAUGCUUCUGUUGACUGCACCCUCUCACUCGGAACUCCCUCCACUCGCCUUUGCAACGACGACGACGACCGUAGAUCAUCUUCUCAUACCUCCAACGCCUUAGGCUGGGACUUCAUGCACGGUGCCAAGAAAGGCGGCGGAAAUAAUCUUCUCACUCGCCGUUGCGCUAACUGCGACAUCACUUCUACUCCUCUUUGGAGAAACGGUCCAAGAGGUCCCAAGUCAUUGUGCAAUGCGUGUGGAAUCCGAUUCAAGAAAGAAGAGAGACGAGCGGCGACCGCCGGAAACUCGACUUCCAGCAGAGGAUCAGUGGCGGCUGGAGCUCCGACUUUAGAUCAUCACGGAGGUUCAAGUUAUUACUAUAACAGCAAUCACUAUGCUUCAUCGUCGCCUUGGGCUCACCACCAACAGCAAAAUACGCAGAAAGUUUCUUAUUACUCGCCGGCGAAUAACGAAUAUUCUUUCGUUGAUGACGUGAGAGACGGUGAUCACAACGUGACAGCCGACCCGUACUUGUCGUGGAGGCUUAACGUCGCCGAUCGAACCAGCCUUGUGCAUGAUUUUACGAUGUAA